AUGGCUGCCUUCUGCCCAACUGACCCUAACAGUUAUGCGAACACCCACGAGGUCGCCCUCUCACACACGCACCUCUCGUGGGCGGUCAACUUUGACACCAAGACCAUCGAUGCAAUUGCGGUUCACACCCUUAUCGCUCAGAAGGACGAUGUGAAGAAGAUUGUCCUCGACACUAACCACCUCACCGUCGACAAAGUCUUUCUCGUCGGUGACGGUUCCGAUACCGAGUUGUCCUCCGACCUCGCCCCGAGGGACGAGAAGUUCGGAGCUGCGUUCACCAUUCACCUGAAGAAGCCCUUGUCUGCGAAGGAAACGGUCAAAGUUAGCCUCAAAUACACCAUUACCGAAAAGUCUGCCGCCCUGCAGUGGCUGACUCCCAGCCAGACCGUUGGAAAGCAGCACCCAUACUUGUUCAGUCAAUGCCAGGCGAUCCACGCCCGAAGCAUCGUCCCUAUCCAGGACACCCCAGGCAACAAGAUCACCUACUCAGCGGACGUCACCGUGCCCUCUCAGCUGAGGGCGCUCAUGAGCGCCGUCAGGACUGGAGAGGACGUUGUCGGAGACCGCAAAAAGUUCUCUUUCUCGCAAAAAGUGUCCAUCCCAAGUUACCUCAUCGCCCUGGCUGUAGGAAACAUCGAAGGAAAGCAGGUUGGACACAGGUCAACCGUUUGGUCGGAACCCGAAGUUCUGGAAGCUGCUGCAUGGGAGUUCGCCGGAACUGAGGAAUUCAUCAAGACGGGCGAAGACUUGCUUUCCCCUUAUGACUGGGGCAUCUACGACCUGCUGCUGCUGCCUGCCUCUUUCCCCUACGGUGGAAUGGAGAACCCCUGUCUCACAUUCGUUACCCCGACUUUGCUUGCUGGAGAUCGUUCCUUGGUGGAUGUCGUUGCCCAUGAGAUCAGCCACAGCUGGAUGGGAAACCUCGUUACGACACAGAACUGGGAGCACUUUUGGCUUAACGAAGGUUUCACCGUAUUCGUGGAGCGUAAGAUUACCGGCCGGUUGCACGGCCGCCAAACUGCAGAGUUCCAGGCCAUUAUCGGUGUGAAGGCGUUGCAAGAGUCGCUCGACCAUUUGGAAGAAUCGGGCCACCCUGAAUACACCUGCCUUUGCCCCAGGCUGAAGGGCCAAGACCCUGAUGACGUCUUCUCGUCCGUCCCAUACGAGAAGGGAUUCUCACUCCUGUACUAUUUGGAAAAGACCCUGGGUGGACCUGAAGUCUUCGAGCCGUACCUCAAAGCACACGUCAGAAAGUUCGCACACAAGAGCAUCAACACGACGGACUUCAAGAACUACCUCUACGAGUUCUUUGCUGACAAGAAGAGCAUUCUGGAUACAGUUGACUGGGACGCGUGGUUCUUCAAGCCCGGAAAGCCGCCGGUGUUGAACCAGUACGACGACACCCUAGCAAAAGCUUGCGAGGAGUUGGCUCAAGAGUGGGACAAGAAGCGUGGCGACUCCAACCCCACCGUCGACCGUGCCUCUUUCGACAAGUUCAACGCGGGCCAGAAAAUCAUGUUCCUCGAGAAACUCCUAGCAAAAGACCCCUUCCCCCACCCCGUCCUAGCAGCCAUGCAAAAGACCUACGAUCUCAACGACGUCGGCAACGCCGAGAUCAAGUGCCGCUGGCUCUGGCUCUGCCUAAACGCCUCCUACGAGGAAGCCUUUCCCUUCGCAACGGUGUUCCUCGGCCAGGUCGGCCGCAUGAAGUUUGUCCGUGUGCUCUAUCGCGCGUUGAACAAGGCGGGUCCCAAGGGCGCUGCAUUGGCUAAGGAGACGUUCCUGAAGAAUAGGAACUUUUAUCACCCGAUUUGUGCGGGGAUGGUUGCUAAGGAUCUUGGCAUCCAGUAG